CACGCUAGACGUUGUACGCCGCAGUACGUUUUACGCUCGUGUGCGCUGCCUCAGCUCUCGUGUGCUCUGCUCUUUUUGCAAUUGAUUUUUAUUUUUUUUUGAAAAGUAAUAAAUAUAACGACAACUACAGUUUACAAUUAUUUAAACGAAAUAUACGGAUUGCCAUAGAAAAAUACGUAAAGUGCAAGAACAACAAUCAACAAUAUUAACAACAAUAACAGUAGCAGCCGCAACAAAACACGACGACAACGACGCCAGCGUUUGUUUAAUUAUUAGCAGCAUAAUAGUCGCAAUUAUAGCCAACAAAACCGAACGGAAAAGGAAAAGAACAUAAACGAAAAUAUCCUGGAUUAAGUGCCCCGCUGCAGACUGCUAACAAACUAAAACGGCAGUUAACGAAGGAAUAGGAAGGAGAAGGAGAGGAAAGGAAAGGAAAGAAGCAGCGAGUUGAGUUUAAGCUGCGCCGUGUAGAGCGCGCGCGCAUUUACAAGAAUUCAAAUCAAUUUGUUUGGCAAACAAUAUAUAAGGGCCAAAAAGCAGCAACAUUUUAACUGAAACAAUGGACUUUAUGAUGGCAAAUACAGGCGCCACUGGCGUGGAUACACAGGCCCAACUAAUGCAAAGCGCAGCGGCGGCGGCUGCUGUGGCAGCAACAAAUGUUGCGGCGCCAGUUCAGAGUGCGGCUGCUGUGGCCGCUGCCGCCCAGUUGCAACAGCAGCAACAGCAGGUGCAACAGGCCAUAUUGCAAGUGCAACAGCAGCAGACACAGCAAGCGGUCGCUGCGGCCGCUGCCGCUGUGACGCAACAACUGCAGCAACAACAGCAAGCAGUUGCCCAGCAAGCAGUUGUUCAACAGCAGCAGCAGCAGGUCGUACAGCAGCAACAGCAAGUGCAGCAGGCAGUUGUUGCCGUGCAGCAGCAACAGCAGCAGCAACAACAACAACAGCAGCAGCAACAACAACAGCAGCAGCAGCAGCAACAACAGCAGCAGCAGGUGCAGAGCAACACCAAUGGCAACUCGGGCGGUGCACAGAACGGCAGCAAUGGCAGCACAGAGACGCGCACAAAUCUGAUUGUUAACUAUUUGCCACAAACGAUGACAGAAGACGAGAUCCGUUCGCUAUUCUCGAGCGUGGGUGAGAUCGAGUCGGUGAAACUGAUACGCGACAAGUCGCAGGUGUACAUUGAUCCGCUGAAUCCUCAGGCGCCCAGCAAGGGUCAGAGUCUGGGCUAUGGCUUUGUGAACUAUGUGCGGCCACAGGAUGCCGAGCAGGCGGUCAAUGUACUCAAUGGUCUGCGAUUGCAGAAUAAAACCAUAAAGGUGUCGUUUGCCCGACCCUCAUCAGAUGCCAUCAAGGGGGCCAAUCUCUAUGUGUCCGGUCUGCCCAAGACAAUGACCCAGCAGGAGCUGGAGGCCAUCUUUGCACCAUUUGGGGCAAUCAUCACAUCGCGCAUUCUGCAAAAUGCCGGCAAUGAUACACAGACCAAGGGUGUUGGCUUCAUACGCUUCGAUAAGCGCGAGGAGGCAACGCGGGCGAUCAUUGCACUGAAUGGCACCACGCCCAGCAGUUGCACCGAUCCGAUUGUGGUCAAGUUCUCGAAUACGCCCGGCAGCACCAGCAAGAUAAUGCAGCCGCAAUUGCCCGCUUUCCUCAAUCCGCAGCUGGUGCGACGCAUUGGCGGCGCGAUGCAUACACCGGUUAACAAGGGACUCGCCCGAUUCUCGCCAAUGGCCGGUGACAUGCUGGAUGUGAUGCUGCCCAAUGGCCUUGGUGCUGCGGCGGCGGCAGCAACAACGCUCGCCAGCGGACCGGGUGGCGCCUAUCCCAUAUUCAUUUACAAUUUGGCACCCGAAACGGAGGAGGCGGCGCUCUGGCAGCUGUUUGGCCCCUUCGGCGCUGUGCAAUCCGUGAAGAUCGUCAAGGAUCCCACAACGAAUCAGUGCAAAGGUUACGGCUUCGUAUCCAUGACCAACUACGACGAAGCCGCAAUGGCAAUACGUGCUCUCAACGGCUACACCAUGGGCAAUCGUGUGCUGCAGGUCAGCUUCAAGACCAACAAGGCCAAGUAAAGUGUGUGUAGCUCCUCCCAUAAUGAUGGAAUGAUCGAUUGAUCGAAUGAUCGCAAAGGAAGUGCAACAAAAUCAAGAGAGGAGAGCAAGUACAUCCAAAACACAACACAUAUACUUAUCUAGUUUAUACACACCCACACACACACCAACACACACACACACACACACAUGCAACUCAUACACAACCCAUUCACGUAUACAUAUAUAAAUAUGCAUGGUAUUACGGUAACUAAGCGCAACAAGAUGUAUGUGUAUAACACACACACAGACACACAACACACACACACUCACACACACACACAUGCCACAACCAUGCAGACAUUCUACUGGAUUGUCUUCUGGCUUCAAAUCUCGUCUAAACAACGAAACGGCGGCCAAUCCGACGGCCGUUGCAAUAGCAAAAUUCUUGUUUAGCAUUUAAGUAAAAAACAAAACAAAACUAAACUAUAAAAAGAAACAAAACUCGAGAGAGUGUGUCGAAUGCAAUAUUAAAACAAAACAAAAAAAAAACAAGGAAAAACUUAACAAAAAAAGCGGUUGUCCUUAAGGACACCCAAGCAGGGACAAAACCAAUUGCAUCCGCAGUCAAAUUAGUCGCAAAGCAAAACAAAGAAAUCAACAAAACAAAAAAAUCUAAUUAUAAUAAUAUUAAUAAUAAUAUAAAUUAUGAAAUUUAACUAAAAUGAUAUUAACUAGCAAAAAGAAAUUUUUAAAAUUAUAACUAAGUAAUCAGCAAUGAAAUCUUCCAGUAACGAAAUGAUAACGAAACCCAAAGCUGUUAGUUACACUCCAAUUUUUCUACAAUACCAAACAAAAACCAAAUACCAACAAUUAGCAUAAAAAUGAAAUGAAAGAAAAAGCUUUUGACAAGAAGAUUCUUCUUCAUUUUAUUUUUAUUAAUUUGUUUGGUAAAAAGAAAACCACGUGCUGAGUGCGGAACGUUAGAAAUUUGUUUUCCUUUUCGUCAAGCUGGCUAACAAAAGAAGUAUUUACAACAACAAAAAAAACCAUAUAAAGGAUAAACACAUAUGGGCACAUUAUUGUGCAUACAUGGAGGCUGCUACAGUAUUACAAAACGAAACAAAAAAUGUAUGAAAUUUAAUAAUUAUUAUUAUAUACAAUACCAAUAUAUGUAUAUACAUAUAUAUCUCACUCUCUAUAUAUAUAUAUAUUGUAUUUAAAUUUUAAUGUUUUGUGUUUGUUUUUUAUAUUAAACACAACGCAAGCCAAGCGAAAAUCCAACAAAUCUAACGUCCGACUCGCACAACACAUGCCACACACACACACACACACACCCCACGUACACACACACACACACACCUUAAAUACAUUCUCACAUACAAGCAGCUAGAGAUUUGGGACAUGUGUGCAGUAUAAAAGGAUAACGAUAAAUGAAUAAAUUAUGAUGCUGACAAGCUAAAUUAAGGUAAAAGAAAAGACCAGAAGAAGAAGCGAAGAAUAGGAAGAUAGAAAAGAGAAAUACGCGAGAAAAAAACAACAACAACAACAAGAAAGUAAUACAAUAAUUUAUGCGCAAAUUUGAAACAUUUUACUAAAGUAAAUAAUUGUUAGUGAAUAUUAUACUAUAAUAUUUAUAUAUACCUUAUAUACUUUAUAUAAUGUAUAGUUCAAGCAGCAAUUAAGAAGCGUAAAACCAUUUGCUAAAAAUUUUUAGCGUUUAAAAACCGUAGCACAAAACUCAGUAACUAAACAAACGACAACUUUAACAAAAUGAACAUUUUUUAUAUGACAAAAGUUUGACAAGAAAAGAAAAAAACCAAACAAAAGCGAAAGCGAAACAAAAUACAGCAUUAGCAAAGCGUUUUUCUAGUUACGUAAGUGAUCUUUUGUUAAAAAAAUAACGAAAAAAAAAAACAAACAAACAUUAAAGAUGGUAUUUUGCCCCGCUGCCUACAAAAAAAAAAAAAAAAACAAUGAGUACAGUCGAGUACGGUAUUAUAUGGUAGAGUAGAGUAUGGUACGGUACCAUAAAAUACUGUACCGUACUGUACCAUACCGUUUAGUACAGUGCACGUUCACACAAAAUUUUCGUAUGUUGUGCGAAUAAAAGGUAUCGAUAUCAAUAUCGAUUCAUAACAGAAUCCCUUCCCACACAAAUUGAUCUAUGCAAUUUUAGCGUUUUAUCAGUUAACUGUGGAAUCAAUUUUUUUUUUUUUAAGAACACACAUAUAUUUAGAAACACACACACAUCAAUUUGGUUUGACUUCAUUUUGAGAGUUUAUAUUAUUACAAGUUUGAGUUUCAAUUGAAUUUUGGUAAAUGCGUUUUGUAUGAUUUCUUUGUUUCUUUGUAUUGAAAUAAUUGAAAGCGCUCGUUGUUAAUUACAGCCAUGCAUAUUUAUUUAUUGUAUACUAUGGGAAGAGACUUAAUUAAUGUUUCUUUUUUCAUUAUAUACUACUUACUACCAACAAAACAUAUUUCUAUUACUUUCGAUGAUGAUUUUCUUUAUAGUAGGUACAAUACGUCUAGUUACAAUUAAUUUAUGUCAACACAACCUAUUUUAAGUUCUAAAAUAUCCAAACACACACACACACACCCACACACAACAUACAUACAUUGAAGCAGAAGGAAUGAAGUAUACCUUAAAGCAGAAUCCUUAGAAAAAAAAUAUAUAUUGAAUAGAAUAAAAACACGAUAAUGAAAUGCUAUAAAAGCGUAAAGAAAACAAAGCGAAUAGCUUAUGUAUAAACAAUAUUCAUAAUUAUAAUUAUUAUUAUUUUUUUUAUAAUUAUAGGAAACAAUUUUUUGUUUGAACAAAAUUUGCAACAAAAAAUCUAGUCAGCAAAAGUGAAGUAGUGAAGAUGAAGUUGAAGUUGAAGAAUUGAGGCAGACGCAACAAA